GAGAAUGCAAUAGAAUGCAAUCUUGUAAUUUGUUAAACUUGACAGAUUUUUACAUUCCUUUACAGAUCCAAAAUGUACAUACACACGAUGAUUCUACUGGGUGUUGUGUGGUUUAGUCCACCAUUUCUUGUGAUCCUUGCCUCACCAACCCCUGCUUCAAAUGAUAAGAGAGGCCCCUGUCAAAUCUACAACUCUGGACGCUCCGCAAACUGCCUUGGUCAGCGACUGGAUCAUGUUCCAUGGAAGCACCUCCCUUCCACGCUUGAAAGGAUAGAUCUCUCCUACAAUGAACUUCAUACCAUUCAUGUUAAUUACUUUUCUCGCCUACCUCAUCUUCGUGUCCUCGAGCUGCAGUUCAACAACAUCUCUGUGAUUGAGGACCGUGCCUUCCACAACAACCCCCUCCUGGAGCAUCUUAACAUCUUUAACAACUCCCUAGAGGAAAUCCCUGCCAAAGCAUUGCAGGACCUAUUUAAUCUAAGGGAACUCCUUAUGUCGAAUAACCUUUACACCCAGGCUACAUUGUCAGCUGAUGUUUUCUCCAGAUUGACCCACCUUAAGGCCCUGUCCAUGGGCGGCCCCUUGGUCAAGGGUCUAAGGAAAGGGGACUUCCAGGCAUUGAGGAACAUUCAGUUGCAGGACUUUGCCAUUAAAACUUCAUCAAAUAUCAGUUACUAUGAACCGGGUAGUCUGAAGGUAAUCCAGACAGGUAGAAUGGGUUUUGACAUGGCCAUAGAUCAGAAGCCGAAUUUCCUUCCUUUGAUUCUACGAGACUUGGCCAACAAGACUUUCAGUCUCAUCCAAUUCAGGAACCUCUUUGAGUUCAUGUAUUACUUGGGAGAUGAGGAUAUUUUCAGAGGCUUGCAAGACAUCCAAGUAGAUUCGCUCAUCUUUCACCGUGGAAAAUUCAAUGAGAACCUUAUGAGGAUGGCUCUGUUUAAUCUACAAAUCACCCCCCUUAAACGUCUGACACUUCAAUACAUUGACUUUGCUCGCUCGCCCAACUUUGUGGAUAAUGGCUUGGGCUCCAGUAUCAAAGACCUUGCUCUGAGUAGACUAAAUCUGUGGUAA